CAUGAACCUUGUCCCCACUGGUGUCUGGUUACUGUCCUCCAUCGUCCCAUCUCAUCAUCUCUUUCUCUCUCUUUCUCUCUCUCUCUUUUCUUCUUUCUCUCUUUUCCUUCCAUCUCAUCUUACCAUCCUUCUCAUCUAUACCUCAUAUUCACUACAUCUUAAUUUCUCAUUUUAAUCUCAUUUACUUUUCUUCAAGUUCAUCUCUACCCUAUAACCAACCAUGGCACACCGCAUUGGACGCAGAAAGAAUGUCAAAAAAGGAUUUCAGUUCACCCUGAUGGUUGUCGGUGCCUCCGGUCUUGGCCGUACAACCUUCAUUAACACGCUCUGUGAUGCUGAUGUUGUCCCAAAGCGUGAGUGCGACGAGCCAGAGAUGGCUCACGUUGAGGAGAAUAUCAAGAUCAAGCCUUACACUGUUGAGCUUGACGAGGAUGGUGUCAAGAUCUCGCUCACAGUCGUUGAUACCCCAGGUUUUGGAGACAUGAUUGAUAAUGAGUACUGCUUCCAAGAAAUUCUUGGAUACUUGGAACGACAGUACGAUGACAUUUUGUCGGAAGAGUCGAGGAUUAAGCGUAAUCCCAGAUUCCGUGACAACCGUGUCCAUGCUCUUCUCUAUUUCAUCACCCCCACUGGUCACAGCUUGAGAGAGAUUGAUAUCGAGUUGAUGAAGCGUCUCAGCCCCAGAAUCAAUGUUAUCCCUGUCAUCGGCAAGGCUGAUACUUUUACUCCAGUAGAAUUGGCAGAUUUCAAAAAAAGAGUUAUGGAGGACAUUGAACACCACAACAUUCCCAUCUACAACUUCCCAUAUGAUCCCGAAGAAGAUGACGAGGAGACUGUCGAAGAGAACAGUGAGCUCCGUAGUCUUCUUCCUUUCGCUUUAAUCGGAUGCGAGGAGGAAAUCAUGGUCAACGGUCGUAAGGUUCGCGGUAGGCAGUACCCAUGGGGUAUUGUCGAAGUUGAUAACACCCAGCACUGUGACUUUGCCAAGUUGCGCUUUGCUCUUUUGAGUUCGCACUUGCAGGAUCUGAAGGAGAUUACUCACGAUUACUUGUAUGAGAACUACCGUACCGAGAAGCUGUCUCGCAGUGCCGAGAACUUGUCCGAGUAGACGCUGGAUGUCAACGCGGGAUGCAAGUUCUUCUCCGUUUCAUUUUUUUCCCCCCUUCCGUUCCUUCACUACUACCCUUAUUAUUUGAUCCUUAUACAAAAAUAAAGUCUCCUAAUAUCCUUUUGACAGAGAAAUAGUCUCGG